AUGAGCACAUCAACAGCCACAGCAACAACAACGAUGUUGAACGACUCUGAUAUAGAUGAGUUGGAACGAAGAGUCGAAGCAAUGGAGUUGGCACUGUUGUCUUAUCAACCAUUGGCACAGGACCCUGUGUUGCGUGCACCAUUGCCAGGUCAACUCACACUACAGCAACAACAACAGUUGAUGCAACAUCAGCAACAAUCAAGCCCACUACUCACACGCAAGAAGCAAGCGGCACUCAACGCUGCACAUCCCCAAGAGACCCUAGUCGAUCAACUCGAUCGCUUCCGCUCCACACUCAAUCUCAUCAAGACAGACAACGAAGCAAUCUCACAGUUUAUGUCCUUCUACAAAGAGAAUGAGACAUUGUUCAACUCGAUAGUGGAGAGCGAUGAAUUGUUGGAACCAGUGGAGAAGCUAGCGAUCAUAUUGUCAUCAGAAGAUGAGUUGAUACAAACAGCUCGAUCACUACAGUUGGUGAGUGAGUUGGAGAAGUUCAUCAAUCAACCAUCGACUACAGGUGACAUUCCAGCCAACAUCAACAAGUUGCAACCAAUCGAGUUGCAACACCACGAACAACAAGCCAUUGCCAUUGCAUUGAAUAAGAAGCUGGAAGAGAGGAUACAAUCAUAUAAUGAAAUUGUCCAAUCACUGUCUAUGAAGUUCGCACUGUGGAACAGUAUCUUGUCACCAAAGUAA